UUGCAAAUGUGACUUUUUGCAUCCCCGGCCGUCCGCCAUUUGUUAACCAUGAUGGUGAAACAUACCAUGCCACCUACACCCUUGUCUGUUUAGUGAAGUGUUUGAACACUGUCUGUUAACAAUGUGGUCAUGAGCCAUCCCAGUCGACAAGAGGAAGGGUUGCUUAUGAAGCCCACGGGCUCAACUACCUCAUCAGAAGCUACUUGACGCUUAUAGUUCAAUCGACUCAAAUACCGCACGUUACGAUGGCUUCACAGCUAUGGGCGAAGCUAAUACCGGCAAAUGCGGCCUUCGAGAUUCGAGAAUCACCAGGCAAAGGAUUCGGCGCAUUUGCUACAAAGAAGAUCGCCGCUCGAUCGUGUAUCUUGCGAGAAAGACCACUCUUUGUCAUCGUUAUGCCUUGGGAAGUCGUUGGCAAUGACAAUGUUGUGGACGCAUAUCGCAGCCUUGGCCCGCAGGAGCAACAGAUCUUUCAGGCUAUGAUAGCUUACGAAACAGAGAAAAAUGGUAGCGAGUUCCGGUUUCCAGAAUACGCUACUAUGUUGCGCAACAAGUUUUCUCAGCCGCCUUGCUACGAGGCAAUGUGCGUGAUCAGCAGCCGCUUGAACCACGCCUGCCUACCGAACGCUGCCUGUCCUAUAGACGAAGAGGCAGAUUCUGGUGAAAACAUCUCCGUAGCAAUGUUUGCUUUACGGGACAUUGCUGAGGGUGAGGAAAUCACAUUCAACUAUAAUGAAGACUGGGCCUAUAUGUCAACGCAUAUUCGUCGGGCAGCAAUGCGAUGGGCCUUUGAGUGUAGUUGCCCUGUCUGUCAUCCGAACAACCCUCUCCAGCCCAUCAGCAAUAUGCGACGGGCUUUACUACGUGGCCUUCGUUGCCUAGCUUACGGCGAGGAUCUACCACCUUGUGCAUACUUGGAGUGCCCCGUCACCCUGAGAGCAAUGGGUCCGAGUCCAGGCGGUCGAAAUCCGAGAAACUGGGGAAUGUGGUACUCCCUGGCUGGUUACAUUGCCGAAGCGGAGGGAUUGCCCGAACUCUCGCUAAAGAUGUUUGAACGGGGGUUCUUCCAUAUGCAAACAGCUGUCGGGGCAAACCUCCUGGAAGCUCACGAGUGGAGGACUGUAGCUCAAUGGGGAGAGAAAAGUCUAGAGAUCGGAAGGACUCUACCUCCUGAAUGCCGUUCGCAAGCGAGCUUGGUGGCAACUCAGCUAUCAAUCAUGGAGACGCUAUUUUAUGAUCCGCCUGUCGACAACAUUGAACGCUUCGCUGGUAUGAUCCAGGGUGCAAAGCUUGUGGAGGAGACACAAAACGCUAUCCGAGACUUUCUCUUUCGCUAGGAGCAAGCAAAUAUUACUAUCCAUGUCGACCACAUAAGCCAUACCGCUAAAGGAAAGUAUUGGGACCGGACUCAGCAUCCGGAAAUCAGACUGGUAGCACUUGGCUAUCGUGAUCGCAGGCCUCAACUCAGGAUAUAGACAAGGGUUCUCAAUUUGUGUACACACUAUUCCUUUCCAGUCUUCAAGUCCUACCGGAUCGAAAUGCAACGUGACGUAUGUUUUGACCGGUCGAAUCUCGGACUUUGAAGAGUGUUGACUUU